AUGUCUUUAACAUUUAUUUGUCAAUACUUACGGCUUAUCGAUAGUGGACAACAUUCGAAUUUAAGCGCAAGUAUUUACUUAUGUUUGGCAGAACUAUGUGCUACAUUAAAAAUUUAUUCAAUUGGCGAAUUACCGUCGUUUAUGCCACAUGUUUUGCAAACAUAUCAAUCAGAAAAUGUUACUAAGAAUGAACUACUACUAACAAGUGUUAUUGCAUGUUUAUCAAAAUUAGUUCGAACGUUAUGCAAUUAUCUGACACCAUAUCUAUCAGAUAUUAUCAAACGAACAUGUACGUUGUUGACACAUCCAGCGUGCGUAUCAGAUCAACGUUUACGUACCAUGUGGUCUCAUAUAGCAUUACAUGUUCCACAUCGUCUUUUAUUUCCUAUAUUAUACGAUGUUAUUGAUAAAAAUGAAUUUGAACUAAAUGAUCUCGAACCACUGAUGGCACUAUUAAAACAAUCAUUAUCAGUAGCAACAUCAGAUGAUUUAAGCAGUAAUUAUUCAUUACUUAAAAAACUCUUUUUGAAAUUAUUUACAUUGCGAACAAUGCAUACGAAAAAAAUGCCACCCAACAAAAUGAAUAUAUAUGAAGAUUAUAUAUUCGAAUGUUUUGCGGAACUUGUUAUGCGCUUAUCGGAAGAAACAUUCCGACCAUUAUUCUAUACGAUUUAUGAAUGGGCAGUUUAUAAUGAGCCGCCAGCAGAAUAUACAUUAACAUUCUAUCGUUUAACAUUAAUACUUUCGAAACGAUUAAAAGGUUUAUUUACAUUAUUUGCUGGUCAUAUAAUUCAACAUUCAUCAAGUAUUCUCAAUCAAUUGAAUACAUCAAAAAUGGAAGACACGGAAGCUGAAUUUAAAAUAAAUUUUCGUAAAAAAUAUGUUGACGAAAAUAAAAUUGAAUUAAUCAAUGGAAUACUAGGUUCAAUAUCGAACUUAUGUUUGUUCGAUAGUGUUGGAUUUAUAAAUGACGAGCGUUUUCAAUUACUUAUGAUGCCCAUUGUUGAUCAGAUGGAAAAUUUCACGUCAACUGACGACUAUGCUCAAUGGAUUCAACAGAAUGUUGCGCCAUGUAUUGUUAAUUUAACAGCAGCAACAAAAGAAGAAUCCCUGUGGCGUAAAAUUCAUUAUCAAAUUUUAUUAAAAACCCGAUCGAAUUUAUCAAAAGUUCGUUUAGCGACUUUAAUUGUUAUUCAAGAAAUGUCAAAAAAAUUAGGCAUGAACUAUCAAAGUCUUUUAGCAGAAGCUGUUCCAUUUAUGACUGAACUAAUGGAAGAUCCAAAUGAUGAAGUUGAAAAAACAUGUCAUCGUGUUAUUGUUGAUAUGGAAUCAACAUUAGGUGAAUCCUUACAAGAUUAUUUCAAUAAUUAA